CACUAUUUAUUCGAACCGCGGGUUUCGUAAUAUACAAAACGAAUCUAGAGAGAGAAAGAAAGAGGGACAAAGUCGGCUACACGCGAAACCGCUCAUCGUCAUCGAUCUGUACGCUUCGUGCUUGUUUGGAGAUCUUCUGUUGUUAUGGGCACCACAAUGUUGCAGGAUAGUGUCUUGGCGCUUACAGAUCAUGAAUUUGUAUCUACUAGGGAAGUUUUGAAUGCAAUCAGGUUGAUCAACGAUGAAGGAGUUGAACAGAGUGAUCCUCUCAUUAUUACUCAGGCGUCUUCACUAAGUCAGCUGCCCCUGGAUUCAUCUUCUGUGGAUAUUGUCGUAUCUAUCUGUAGAUCAUCUGAGUUUCCCAGUGUUCAGUUGCUAGAGGAAAUCUCAAGAUUGUUGAAGCCUGGGGGUACAAUCCUACUUCAGCAGACUUCUCUAGCUACAGAUCAGUCAGCUACAGGGAAAGCGGCAACAUCUUCUCUUCAGCGCAGGUUACUAGUGGCUGGGUUCUUAGAUGUUCAGGAUGUUCAAACGAAACCAGUUGUACCAUCUAAAGUUCAGUCUUUGGGGAUUAAAGCCAAUAAGGCUUCUUGGAAGAUUGGUUCAUCCUUCUCUAUCAAGAAGAAGGCCACAAAAAUUUUACCCAAAUUAGACAUUGACAAUGAAAUGGAUCUGAUUGACGAGGAUAGCCUCUUGACCGAGGAGGAUCUGAAGAAACCCCAAAUGCCACUGGUUGGUGAUUGUGAAGUUGGAAGCACAAGGAAAGCUUGCAAAAAUUGCACUUGUGGAAGGGCCGAGGCAGAGGAGAAAGUGCAGAAGCUGGAACUGAGUAUGGACCAGCUAGACAAUCCUCAAUCAGCAUGCGGCAGUUGUGGACUUGGCGAUGCUUUUCGAUGCAGUACAUGUCCUUACAAGGGUCUGCCACCAUUCAAACUGGGAGAGAAGGUUACUAUAUCUGGGAAUUUUCUCACAGCUGACAUUUAGACGGUAAAAAAAGUGAAACUGGAUAUAUCAUUGUGGUUGUUUUAAUGAUGUUGGGUGUAGUUUAGGUUGAAACGAUGACAAGGUCAUCAAAUGGUGUGGUGCCUGUUGUCUACAUGUUUGUUGAUGAUGUCCGAGGAUGGCGAGACUAACAAAUUUUGUUUAGAUUUUUUUGUUUUAAACUUUUGACUAUAGUUUGUAUUGUACUAUUGAUGACCAUAAGCAAAUAUAUGUUAAAAACUUGCACUUGUUGAA